AUGUCUCCGCCGAAGAAAACAAUCCCACGCCUCGUCUAUGACCAGCGUAAAUGCCGCAGGAUGGUGUCCCCAGAAGCGGCGGUGACCCCGGCAGGGUUUCAUAUGUGUUUCAUCCACCAUUUCUCUCACUUUGCUGUUUUGGCUGUGAGACACUGCAGCUCCCAAAUUUUGAGAAGUUACCAAUUCGCCUGUUCUCUUGCAGCAAUGGCAGAGACCUUCGCCUUCAAUGCUGACAUCCAGCAGUUGAUGAGCUUGAUUAUCAAUACGUUCUACUCCAACAAGGAGAUCUUCUUGCGAGAGUUGAUCUCCAACGCCUCGGACGCCUUGGACAAGAUCCGUUAUGAGUCCAUCACCGACCCUGACAAGAUCGAGGCCCAGCCGAAUUUCUUCAUCAAGAUCGUGCCGGACAAGACGAACUCGACCCUGACCAUCGAGGACUCUGGCAUCGGCAUGACCAAAAACGAACUCAUUAACAACUUGGGCACCAUUGCUAAGUCAGGCACCAAAGCUUUUAUGGAGGCCAUGGCCGCUGGGGGUGACAUCUCCAUGAUUGGCCAGUUUGGUGUUGGUUUCUACAGCGCAUACCUUGUGUCGGACAAGGUUCGUGUGGUUAGCAAACACAAUGACGACGAGCAGUACAUUUGGGAAUCUGGAGCAGGUGGCUCCUUCACUGUGCAGAAGGACACCGAGCUUGUGCAUGGUGAGAUCAAGCGCGGUACGAAAAUCAUUUGCUACCUCAAAGAGGACCAAUCCGAGUUCUUGGAGGAGCGCCGCCUGAAGGACUUGGUGAAGAAGCACUCCGAGUUUAUCGGCUUCCCAAUUGAGCUCUAUGUCGAGAAGAGCAAGGAGAAGGAGGUCACCGACAGCGAGGAUGAGGGUGAAGAGGAGAAGAAGGAAGAAGGUGACGAGCCCAAGAUCGAGGAGGUCGAUGAGGAGAAGGAGAAGGAGGAGAAGAAGAAGAAAACGAAGAAGGUGAAGGAGGUGUCCCAUGAGUGGGAGCAGCUCAACAAGAACAAGCCCUUGUGGAUGCGUAAGUCUGAGGAUGUGACCAACGAAGAGUAUGCAAGCUUCUACAAGUCUUUGUCCAACGACUGGGAGGAUCAUUUGGCUGUUAAGCACUUCAGCGUUGAAGGCCAACUGGAGUUCCGUGCGCUGCUGUUUGUGCCUCGCCGGGCUCCUUUCGACCUCUUUGAGACUAAGAAGAAGCGCAACAACAUCAAGCUCUACGUGCGCCGUGUUUUCAUCAUGGAUGACUGCGAGGAGUUGAUGCCAGAGUGGCUGAACUUCGUGAAGGGUGUUGUGGACUCUGAGGACUUGCCUUUGAACAUCUCUCGCGAGACCCUUCAGCAGAACAAGAUCUUGCGAGUGAUCAAGAAGAACUUGGUGAAGAAGUGCCUGGAGAUGUUCGCCGAGAUUGCCGAGAAGAAGGACGACUACAAGAAGUUCUACGAGCAGUUCGGCAAGUGCCUCAAGCUUGGAGUGCAUGAAGACUCCACCAACCGAACGAAGGUAGCUGAACUCCUUCGCUACCACACCUCCAAGUCUGGCGAUGAGCAGAUCAGCCUCAAGGAGUAUGUGGACCGCAUGAAGGAGGGACAGAAUGACAUCUACUACAUCACAGGUGAGAGCAUUGCAGCAGUGUCUUCCUCACCCUUCCUCGAGACCUUGCGCAAGAAGGGCAUUGAGGUGCUGUACAUGAUUGACCCCAUCGACGAGUAUGCCACCCAGCAGCUCAAGGAGUUCGACGGCAAGAAAUUGAAGAGUACGACUAAGGAGGGUCUUGACAUUGAUGAUGAGGACGAAAAGAAGAAGAUUGAGGAGCUGAAGGCUGAGUUUGAGCCGCUGACAAAGCUCAUGAAGGAAGUCUUGGGAGACAAGGUGGAGAAGGUCAUCAUUUCUUCCCGCAUGGCCGACUCCCCUUGCGUGUUGACAACCUCUGAGUAUGGCUGGUCAGCCAACAUGGAGCGCAUCAUGAAGGCACAGGCUCUUCGCGACAGCUCCAUGACCUCCUACAUGGUCUCUAAGAAGACCAUGGAAGUGAAUCCCAAGCACUCCAUCAUGGCUGAGUUGAAGAAGAAGGCAGCCGCAGACAAGUCCGACAAGACUGUCAAGGAUUUGAUUUGGUUGCUCUUCGAUACUUCGCUUUUGACAUCUGGUUUCAACCUGGAUGAGCCCACCCAGUUCGCCGGCCGCAUUCACCGCAUGAUCAAGCUCGGCCUGAGCAUCGACGACGAUGAUGAGGGCUUGGGCGAUGACGAUGACCUGCCCCCUCUGGAGGAAGUGGAGGGUGCUGCGGAUGAGGCCUCCAAGAUGGAGGAAGUGGACUAG